CUUAUUUUGAAAAACCAAGGAUGGAUGAUGUCAUCAAAGCGCGUCAAUUUCUCCCCGGUUGAUGAAACUUAAGACUUCUGAGCCCUCAAUCUCUUUUCUGUCUCUCUAAAAACAGCAGUGAUUAUGCUGGUCCUACAAAGAUGUCUUUCUUUAUUAGAGUUUCCCAGAGGGAGGUUCCCUGCCAGCCUGUUGUCGCGGUGUUACCACAGGCGGGUUAAUGUAUCCAGACCAUGUGUAUUAUUUCACCGUCCGACCACCAGAACCAGGUUAGGUCUGCUGUCGUCACAGGACCAUCAUGUCCUACCUGCUCAUCGCAGCUCCUUCAGAGGAUUCUCAUCUUCACCCCCAGCCAGAGAGGAAGCGCUGGGAAAGAUCCAGUCAACACAUUAUCAUCUUGUAUACACAUGCAAGGUUUGCUCCACGAGGUCCAUGCAGAGGAUCUCUAAAGUGGCCUACCAGAAAGGGGUGGUAAUAGUGACCUGUCAAGGGUGCAAGAACCACCAUAUCAUCGCCGACAACCUCGGCUGGUUCUCGGAUCUGGAGGGGAAGAGAAACAUUGAGGAAAUCCUCGCCGCCAAAGGGGAGACCGUGAAGAGGAUUGACGGAAGCGAUGCUUUAGAAAUAGUCGUGGAGGAAACGAGCAGAGGCUGUUCACAAAAAACUGACAAAGAGAAAGAAAAUGAGCCAGAAACAACAUGAUUUAACUUAAUUGCAUUUGCACUUUGUACUGCUAUGUAUAUAUAUUUAUAUUUACAAUAAACGCAACUUUUUUGGCCUUUUUACCGUGUU